GACGUUUUGUGUGACAGGCUGUCUGCUGACAGUUUCCUCAGCUUCUCAGUCAGAUCCACCCCUUGCUCAGAGCCAGCCUCUUGCCUGAAUGUGAUGCCUCCUGACUCCAAAAAAACAAGAGUGGCGGCUGAAAUGGUGAACUCGGGGCUUCAUAAUGGGAGUCCACAAACCAAUGGGUGAUGUCACAGUAACUACAUCCAUUAUUUUUUACAGUCUGUGGUCUUCACCUGUAAAAUGUCCCUCAAAAAGACAUGUAACAGCCAAGAAGAGACUUGAAAUGAUCACAUAUAAAUCACAAAGAGACACAAAACAACUACAAAAAGGCUGCAAAACAGUUGCAAGACUUAGGGAAGGGGCAAAACAAUCAUAAAGAGACAAAAACGGACCACAAGGAAACACAAAAUGACCACUAAGAGAAACAAAACCACAGAGAGAUGUGUUAUGAUUACAAAAAGACUCAAAAUAAUAACACAAAGAGGCUAAACAAUUAUAGAGUCUGUGUGUCCUGCUCCAGUGGGGGAAAGGUGGUGGGGUCCUCUGCAUAUCUGGGCCCAUUAUCUCCUAAUCCACCCACUGGGCAGAUAUCUGAGCGUGAGUUUCAAAGGGAAUUCAGCAGCAGCUGUGACGCACAUAGUGCUUAAUAGACCCCUCUAAAGCAAAGCUGCGUUGAUGUACAUUGGGGGCCAAAUCUUUAAUCAGUUUCAUGGCAGGAUUGAGAAGAACAAAUGCAGUAAUGUGAUCUGGCACCAUCAGGCAGCCUUACACUCUGUUUACCCCGUCACUUUCCACCAGCACCCAGUCCCUCCACUGUCACUGUCACCUUACCUCACAGGCCUCAUAAAUCAUUCAACAGGCCACUGAAAGUUAUGCAGACUAACUAGCCCGCUGCUUACCUUGCGGCUCUAUCUACCGUCAGACAGAUCGGGUCAUGUGUGCGGGACUGCAGCAGGCAGGAGAGGUUUAUCAACAGGAUGAGGCUGCCACAGCAUCUUUGUAAAAACUUUGUUGGCUGUGACCAAAACAAGGCAGGCAACCAAGAGACUGUUGACAGAUCUUGGAUGAAGAAUUGAAAAUGUCUUGAGGCUGGAAAAGAGCUGGGUUUCUUGUGCACCAUAUUAACAAUGCUCAGGAGAUGCAGAUGCGAGAGUUUCAGUUGGCUGAGUGCUGUGCUCCUUUCUCUGGUUCAUGGAAACAACUUCAGUCAACAGUUCCAGGAGAGGCCACCCUGUCAGCCAGGUUUCUACUGCCCUUUGGGGAGCUUUACCCCAGUGCCUUGUCCCAAAGGAACCUAUGGGCCAAUUGCUGGUGCUGUGUCCACUGACAGCUGUCUGAAGUGUCCUCCUCACCACUACUGUCCUAGAACAGGCCUGUCUGCCUCCCUGCCCUGCGGCCCUGUGGCUCAGCAGCCUCUGUCUGGUCAGGAGGCCUGUGUCUGCCCAGGAGAGGGACAGAGUUUCCAGACCAGUGAUGGGCAGUGCCGCUGCACCAUCGGCUACCAACCUGCCAACCAGGGAGAUACAUGUGUACACAAACUGUACGAUGUCUGUAGAGACGGGAAAACACGCACACAGUAUGGAGACUGCCUGGACAGAUAUCAGUGGUCACUUCAGUGCAGGCAGCAGGUGUGUCAGUCUGCAGAGGACUACAGGGGUUAUGAUGGAGAGCUGGGUCUGUGUGUUUGCAGAGAGCCUCCUGGAAGAGCUGCGUGUGUGGGCCUGUGCAGGACAAGGCCAGCCUCUGAGCUGGAACUCCACUGCCAGUCCAGUGGAGACAUGGAGCUGAUUUGGAGUUAUGAUGGUCAGGUGUCGAGCGUCGCAGGCAGCGUGCUGGAGACGUUUUUUAAACAGUGGGACUCCCCGGGGACUUCUCUGUGCGGCAGCUAUCUUAACUCCUCACAUGCUGUGUACAUUGUUCAGACAACAGAGGCAGGUUUCUUCGGCCUCCUCGACCGCCUCCCGAAGGAAGUGCAGCAACUGUUUCCUGUCACCACACAGCAGGACACUCAGAGCUCAGCGGAAGGAGAUUCUGACGUUCUGUGGAAGGAUGUUGAAGUUGCAAAUAUCAGUCUUGUAAGGAGAGAAAUUAAUUCCAGCAGAAGUAAUGAAGAAGCGAGAGAAACAAGUCUAAAUGGAGUUUUGAACCCCACAACAUGUCUCCAUUUGGGCGACAUUCUACUGUUCACUGUUGACACACGUCACUAUCCUCAGUAUGAUCUUGACAACUUGUACAACACAAACGGCGAUUUCGACUGGGGUGCAUUCAGACAGCUCAAAGAAGAGCUGACUCUGUCUUGGACUCCUCCCAGCUUCUUUGCGGUGGUGUUUAGCCAGCCUGGAGUUUAUGUUUUUACACUGAGCAGCCAUCGGCACAAACACAUGUAUGUGCGGGUGAUGCCUGCAGGCGGCCAGUGUUACGAGCCUGGUCCCUUCUUCCCCACCAUACCUCGUCAUGUUACCAGGGUGGGAAUCAGCAGGAGACGUAACCUGUUACUGAGGCCAGAUUGGCUGGUGACCGGAGGGCUGCUAUUUGGAGCUGUGGUCAUCCUCUGUUCAUGUGUUACACUGCUGAUCCUGUUCCGUGAGUAUGGAUGGCCUGAGAAGGAGCCAAUCAGAGCACGGUAUCGCUUGUUGCAGUUGGCCUACCACAUGGACGACUACUCAUCCAAAGGAUCAAGGGUGAUCUCACUUAGGAAGAUUCACCGAAACCAUCAAGCCAGAAUGACACAAGACUCCAUUCAACCAGCAGUCUGUGCAGACACCUUGGAGGAGUUCUGGGAUUACGAGCACCAGGUGGAUCUGGAGGCAUUCAGCAGCAACACCUUCUAUAGCCUGCUGCUCAAACAGAGUCUGUCUGUCACCACGCGGCUGGGACAGCUCACCACCGAGGUGAAGGAGCUAUAUCAGGGAGUGCUUGGGAAACUGCAGCUCCUCCACCCACGCCUGAUCACUGAGGAGAGGAUGGGGGAGGGCUAUGAGAGGGUGAAGAGGGAGGUGGAGAGGGAGGUGGUGCGGCGGAAGACUCUGGCCUCACAGCUGAGGACUCUGCUCGACAGCCAGCUGCAGGUGCUGAGGCGAGAGCAGCAGGCCCAGCAAAGGGUCCACAGUGUGCUCACAGCCCAGCUCAGAGAAUGCACCAGACUCCUGUCCAAGAUUAAAAGCAACCACCAGCAGAAUUUGAUCCAGAGGCUAACGUCCCUGGUGGAUGAGAUGGGAGAGCUGGUGUCAGCGGAGUGCCAGCGUCUGGGGGCCUGGGGGUUUCUGGGUGAGGGUAUAGGGGCCAAGCUGCUCUGCCCUGACACUGGAACUGUGCUGACCAAGGACCACAUCUUUGGUCCUGAUGGGUCUCUGCGUGUCAGUCGGGCACUUCACUGUGAUUCAGUCACAGGCCUCAUAAGGCCAAAUGCUCACAGCCAUAUGCUGCUGAGCAGCGGCCACACCAUGGCGGUGCCACCUGAUUUCUUCGUCCACCCACAGACCGGCAGAGUUAUGCCCAUAGCUGGCAACGUGGCCUACGAUCCUGCAAGCUCUACUCUAGUGUUCACAACUGACUCAUGCACAGGAGACAGCAGGAAGUGGGACAGUCCUCUUCUUCCUUUCAUUCCCUACCCGACCUCCUGCCACUCAGACCAGCCUCUGCCCAGCACCCGGCUCAGAGGCCUCAAACCGGGCCAGAGACUGCAGCUGGGUGUCCCCAUGGCAGACCCAGACACAGGGGUCCCAGUGCCCAUUCUGGCUGUAACCAUCCACCCCCAGACAGGACUAGUCUACCCAUUGGGAGGGGUGCAUGUCUGUCCCCUCACCCGCCUCCCUCAGCCGAUACAGAUUGGCUACCCCAUGCUGGACUCCAGGACGGGGAACGUUGUGCUCACUGUUGGGGUCAGUCUAGAUCCAGUCACAGGAGCUGUGUUGCCAGUAGGUGGAGUUCUGUUGGCCGAGUCCUUCAUCGAACCUCUGAGUGGGCGGAUGGUGAGAAUAGGGGGGGCCAGCAUACGGGCUGGGCAAGUGGUGCCUAACACAGGAGGAUACCAGGCCCUUCUAGACAGCAAGGUUCUGGCGGUGAUGUUCAAAGUAUUGGAGCUCCUAAAGCCACUAACUGAGGAGUGGGGGUCGGACCAAACUUUGCAGCACCACCAGGGCAGCGAGAGAGGGAGCGGUCGACAAGAUAAUCUCCUCAGUGUAGCUAAGGAGCUCCAGCAGGCCUGGGGAAGGACCCUGCACUGUCAGCUGCAGCUGCAGACUAGGUUGGGUAUCCUGCUGAACUGGGCUGUAGGUCUGCAGCAGGAUGGAGGCAUUCUGGGAGAGAUACCUCUUCCAGGUUCAGAUAUGUGUGUGCCAGCUCUGCUGGGGCUGGAGUACCCUGACCCUAUGGGGUCUGGUCUCUGUGUACCUGUGCUGGGGUAUCAGACUGACCUUGUCUCUGGGACUAUUAUACCAUUGGCAGGGACUAUGGAGGACCCUGGAGGUAAAGGCCUGGUGGCCAUCCGUUAUGGAUCACAGACUGUUGACCCAGUGACAGGUGUGUUGGCCACAGUGGUUGGAGCCAGGCUGGAUGUGUCCAGGAAAACCAUUGUACCUGUAACAGCUUCCUACUGGCUAACAAUGGCAGACCAAACUGAUAGUGUGCAGGUAGAGGCGCUACAGAGAGAAGUGUGUGUGCGAAACACUUACUGGCAGCAACAGAGGCAGCGGGAGGAAGAUAUUGUCGCUGACCUGGACUCAGCUCUAUUCCAGUGUCUCUUUAGAGGCACAGAAGCAAACUCUUAUCAGGUGUGUACUCUGCUGCAGGUCCAGUGGUCAGGGAGACAGCUGAAGGAAGCAGCCGUGGAGCUGCAGGAUUCAGCACAGACCGAGGCGCAAAGGAGAGCAGCUCAGCGCUCCCACUUGGCUCUGAUCUUGCCUCCGCAUGUACUACACAUACUCACACAGGGUGACGAGCAGGAGUGGGAUCGGCAGUGUGUCUGGCACUCAGAGCUCAUGUCAGGCCUUGAUAAGGUGGACGUUUGUAUGGAGCAGCUGCAACAAGACCAAGAAAAAUGGACAACACAUGGAGGAGACUGGGCCACAACCCUCCAUGCUCUGGACAGAGAGCUGAGACAGAGAGAGUUGUACGAGCAGUGUUGUUCCAGACAGACAGAGUUGGAGGCUGCUCUUAACGCGCUGCACUUUGUCAGACACCUUUCGCAACUCCGUGCCGACACUGCUCAGGCAGUACUGUGUGGGAACUUUUGGUACAAGGAAUAUGAUCUGCUUCAGUGCUGUGGACACAGACCUUCUGCGGAGGUCGUAGGUUCGCUCCAGCAGAUGGCUUUGCCUCUGCUAGAGAGACUGAACCAACUCCUGGAAGACAAACAGCCUGCCAGCUUCUCCCCCAACACCUGCAAUCAGCACAUUUCUGGUUUGUCCACAAAGCAGGCAUAUGGGCUGGAGAUAGCCUCCAGAGUCUGGACAGCCUCUGUGCCUGUGGUGAAAGGAAUCUCCACCCAGUCUUUGAGGGAGCCUGCCAAUUUGGCCCAACCCCAGGACGCUGAUUUGCAGGCCAGUUCGGCACCGACACACACCUCACAAAGACACACCACAUCCUCUGGCAUUCACUCCCAGGAGAGCCAGCCGAUGAAAGAGUCUGCUCAGCCGACACACGGUAUCACAGUCCCCACGAUUCCAGAAGAGGAAUGGGCCAAGCUGCUGGAACUCUCGCCUCUCUUCCAGCUGCUGAAGAGGAUGGAGCUGCAGCUAAAGGGUUGGGCCUGUGGGGCAGGGCUUCUUAGAGGAGAGCUUGCUGACAGAGGCAAGAGUUUCAUAGACGUCCUCGAUGCUCAAUGGGAAUGUGAGGGAGAGCUGAUCCCUUUGGACCUGUCGGUGCUUAACCCCAGAGAGUUCCUGGUCUACCAGCACGGACUGUACCUGAUACACACAUUGCAUAAUCUAAAACUGACUCCAGCCAUUUCACUUCAGAUAGCAGCUAGUCUCCCAAACAACAACUAUUUCAACAACGCCUUCAGAAACUCCUUCUUUUAUCAGGAGGCAGAAGAGGCACUCUUUGUCCGUCGCCAGAGGCUCCAGUCAGUUGGAGGUUUCUCUCUGCUGCUGCUUCACUGUCUGUCCCAUGUUAAGAUGAAAGACAUGAGCUCUGACUCUGGUCCUGCCUUCCAGAGGCUUUUCUUCAAGAUACUGCAGGCAUGUCUGGGGGAGCUGUUUCAAGCCAGACUGGGUAUGCCGUCAUCUGGACAGGAAGCCAAUGUGUGUGUGUGGCUUAAGGACCAAGAGGCCCCUUCAGGAGUCCUAAAGGGGACUCUUUCUGACCCUCAUGCUGCCUCCCUGCUUUAUAGGUUUCACAAACCAAGCAGAGGAUUGCUGUCUGAAGACGACGUUGAGGAACUUCAGAGGAAGCACAGGGAAACAUCUCUACUCUCCCAUCUUGAGGGACUUUUAAAGGAGAAGAGCUCUGAAGCGUGAGAGAAAUUCUUCUAUUUGAAAGAGAAGAAACACACCCAACAUAGAACCAGUUCUUUAUUGCAAGAAGCAUGGGAGGAGCAAACAUCAUAGAUGAACUACAGUUUCUCUGUGAGGCUGAGAAAAUGCAGGCGUUUAAUCCAGAGAGACAAACAAGGGUGAAGGAUGGGCAGAUGCUUUGCAGAGGAAAUUAUCUCCCGGAAGACAGAAUCAACAUCUCUUUCUUUUGGUAACAGGAACUUCCUUUCUUCCAGGGAAUAAGCACACCACUGUAAGCUCUGUGCGAUAAGAACUUGUUUUCCACAAGACGCCUUGUCUCGCCCUCAGUAACUCCCUCUUUUUCCUAAGACAUUUUGAUACAUUACAGAGCAUAUAGUGCAUUGACUGCAAAAAUGCAAUUAAUGCAAAACAGUUUGUCCCACAGAAGCCGCAGAGAAACCUUUAUGCUCUAAUGUAAUUUGUUAACUAUUUUUAUAUUGCCUGUUUUGAUAAGAUGAUAUUAGUUCGAAGAAGUCCUGCAAUCAGAGUGGAAAUGACAGCUAGGCAAUGAACUGAAGGAUAAUGUAUACAGAAGGCUGUACGUUGGAUUUCAGUGAGUAACCAUUACUUUAAUCCUAAUGUGAUCCAUAAAUCAAACCCUUAACCUACUCCUCAUGUUCCACUGUCAACGUUACCUUUAACCAUUUCACAAUUGGCACAGUUUCAGCAAAAAUACUAGGAUCAUCUUACUAAAUUACUUUAAUAAAUUCUGAGCCAAAGGGUGAGGCUUUUAUGCUUUGCUGUCGUUUAUAUUGAGGUAGGAUAAAUUUUGAAUGUUGUAACUUUGAUCCAAAUAAAAAAAACAACAGCUCAGGUCUUAUACCUUUAAACUGAGUGGUGUUAUUGAAAUAUGAUAAAGUAUUGGUCUAAACAUCUAAAAAUACUUUAAAUGAAGAGUUUCAAAAAGAAGUAGGAUAAAGUAAAGGUAAUUGUGAGACAAAAAUGGCAAUUAAUGGCAUUUUUAGAUGAUUUCAGGGAAAUGGGUGUGUCUCAUUAUGAAAAGUUACUUUGCUUCGUCUCUUACCGUAUCAUUAUCUCUAACCUUGCUUCAAUCCCGGUAAUCACUGAUCACAAAAACAUUCAUGUUGUACUGUUUAUUAUUUUUUUGUUUUAAACAACACAACAUUUCUUCUUAUACAAAUCAUACAUGUUUUUGGCUUUUACCAUCACAAGCUGUGUAUUAUAAUGGCAUUCCUGGGAUGCUUAUAUAGGCGCCUGGUUAAAAGAUAUACAAAGACAAACAUGUGUGCAACCUGUGUGUGCACACAUAUAGAGACAUCUGUUUGUAUUUAGUGGUCCUGUGUGGGGAGGAGGGGAAGUCUAUAGCAUGACAAAAGCUUUGCUGAGAUUCCAACACGUCUCCGGGCAAAUACUGGCACCGUCAGUGUUGUCUUCACUGCUUCUGAGUGGCUUUGAGAGCGAUGACUAUGAUGAUCAAAAUUAUUC